AUGGCAUUGUUGGAGCAGAUUCGAAGGAAAGUGUACAAGUUGGGUUUGGUUCCCAAGAUCACCAAACGCUUGCCUUUGAUUUCGUUUCUUCUUGGAGUCUUAUCGUGUAUUUGGAUCUUGUACUUGCCUGUGGAUGGCCAAUAUAGAAGAACAUACAUAUCAGAAAAUGCAUUGAUGCCAUCGCAAGCAUACAGCUAUUUCAGAGAGUCGGAAUGGAACUACGAGAGAGGUUACAGAGACGAAAUACAUAAAUUGAAAGAUAUCGAGAGCAUAUUUGAGAGAAACAAGGUGAUAAGUGAGUGGUUGGAAGCAAUCGGCUUAAACACAGCUGUUCACCAAUUCCAUUAUAAUGACGCAAAUAAAACUGCUGGACAUAACUUAUAUGGUUUAUUCCAUGCUCCCAGAGGUGAUGGCACUGAAGCAAUGGUUCUUGCUGCUUCAUGGAACACUCCUGAUGGCGAAUUUAAUGAAGGUGGUGUAGCAUUAGUAGUUUCAUUAGCCAGGUACUUUUCCAGGUGGUCAAUAUGGUCAAAAAACAUUAUAUUUGUAAUCACAGAGGACAGUCAUUAUGCAAUGAGAUCAUGGGUACAAGCUUAUCAUAUAUCAUUAGAUUUAACUGGAGGCGCAAUUGAGGCUGCAGUUAUAUUGGAAUAUCCAGGCGAACAUGAUUAUUUCAAAUACGUUGAAGUAAUAUAUGGGGGAUUGAAUGGACAAUUGCCAAAUUUGGACUUGGUUAAUACCGCUGUUUCUAUAACGGAACACGAAGGUGUAAAAGUUUCUGUUCAAAAAGUAAAAGAAAAUGAGCUUAAUAGAAAUGAUUACUUCAGCAGAUGCAAGGUAUUGUUGAGUGGAAUAAAAGAAUUGGCAUUUGCUGGUCUAAAAAAAACAAAUGGAUGUGAAGCAUUCAGUGGCUGGAGAAUACAAGCGUUGACUUUGAGAGCUAAAGGAUAUGGUGGAGGUGCCGAUAUCACCACUUUUGGUAGAGUCCCCGAAGCAAUGUUUAGAUCAAUUAAUAAUUUAUUGGAAAAAUUUCAUCAGUCUUUUUUUUUUUAUUUGAUGUUAUCUCCCAGAAAUUUUGUAUCAAUUGGUACAUAUCUUCCAUCUGCAGUUUUGUUAACAGUCAGCUUUGGUAUAUCAUCUGCAUCCAUAAUUCUUAACAGUAAACAUUCAGAGAGUCAAAUACUUAUGGUUCUUCCAAAGUCAUUUGGGUUAUUUACAAUAUCAUUUUUUAUAUCAUCAUUAUUGGGAGUUUCAUUGAUGUAUAUACCUGUGAGCCCUGAUAUUAUAUUUAGAGUGUUGAUGAGUUCAGGAAUAAUACUAUCAUCACAGUCAUUAAAUUAUUUCAAUUAUGAAAACAAUAUUCAAAACAAAACCUUUCCCAUGAUAAGGAUAAAAAUAAAUCUACCAUUAACUGUUUUACAUUCACUACUCUCAAUAACGUUGCUAUAUACAAGUUUGGUGAUAACAUCAUUGCUUGUGGUUCACUUUUCAAUAGCAUUUUUGAUAGGCAUAUGUUUGCUUCCACUAACUUUUGUGCGUCCAUUGAGGAUUGGGAGCGAAAGCCUCAAGCUAAGAUCAUUUGUCAAUUUUCUCUGCUUAGUUAUAUCUUGUCCUUGGACGAUAAUCUUAGUAAUUGGAGUGUUGGAUAAAGACUUUGGAACACCCUUCAAGGUGAUGGAGGGACUACUAACCUCAUGGAGAGACUUUGAAGUAUGGACUUGGUUCAUUAUCACAUUUGGAUGGCUUCCUGUAUGGCUUGAGAUCUUCAGUUAUUGUGUAAUUUCAUAA